AAUCGAAGGGGCCCAGCAGUCAGAUGGAGAUGAAAACCCAAUCUGAGAAGGACAAACAGAAGGAAGGCAAGAAGAUGGAGAACAGAGUACAUAAGCGACUGAUAUUGAAAACGGAGUGCUGUAAGUUCCAGACGGCUGCGGGGCCGUACCAAUUCUUAGAAGGCAUGUUCCAUGGAAUGAUGGGCCACUAUAAUAUGUAUAAGGAUGGAUGGCUGCACCGCGAUGUCAGCGAUGGUAACGUUCUAUUGUUACCAGAGCCCGAAAUACGAAAGCCUCUGACACGGUUCGAAUGCACCAAGAACUUGACAAAAUGCGUGGGCGUGAUCUCUGACGGCGACCAGGCAAUCAGAUGGCGAGAGCUAGAUCGCAAGCUUGAGAAACGUCGUUCGGGAACACUCCCUUUCAUUUCUAUGCGCUUGCUGAACGCGUGGAAUAAAAAUCAACCCGUGCUUCAUACAUUUGCGGAUGACUUGGAAUCUUUCUUCUGGGUCAUAUUAUGCGUGUUGUUGAACAUUGGCCACGAACGUAAAAGCUUAACGAUUGACGAGGGACGAUGGCUUCAUAAAUUACUGGCUGCAGACGAUCCUGACUCUAGCGAAACGAAUAAAAGAUCCACGCUGCAGAUGCUGGAGGCUUCAGUCCUGAGAACAAAACACAAACUUUCCCCUGUUUUGAAGGUUUUCGUACCCUUUUUCACAGACAUCAUACCGCUCAUGAACGAGGCUACGGAGGCUGCUGAUGAGCUCAAUUCAGACAACUUGAAUCUCUAACGACACUCGGAGACAAAUUUUAUGAGAUGUGGUUUAAAGUUUUCCUACGUGCACUGCCGUCAUUGCCCAAGACCUGGGACGAAGUUUUGAAAACCCCAAUUUGAUCACGGAGACGCUUUCACGCUCGGCCAUGUCGUCUCAUCCUACAUACCACCGUCGCUGCUCUCCUUACCAUGAUCCCAGGACUAUCUGCAUGUGUCUACUUUGUCGAGUUAGCUGUUCGUUGCACCCUGAGAGGUACACACAGUGUGAUUCGAUUUAUUAUUUGACCUGUAGUGACAAAGGUUUGAGCCAUCGGAUCCUUUAGGCAGCACGGCGAAACAGUGUGCUUUAAUAUACAGAGCAAGUCUGAAUGACCAGUACAUCGAUCAGUGCUAUGAUUUCUGAGUGGCUCGAAUUACGAUGGACUUGAGUUUGCUUCUAGCUUUAGCUGAUCUUUGAUGGACAGAUGGCGGCCGUGUCGUAACAAGGAUUGGUGACAGCUAUUCUGCAGGGUGGCAGACGGCAGUGCUUAGACUCUGGUACUAUGGCUGUCCUGGGUGCAGUUGCAAUGAAUGAGCAAGAUAAGCAUGUUGAGGAUGUCCAUACGGGGGUAAUCCCAGAGGGAUGCUGACCAAGCAGGGCCCAUUGAGGCAGGUGUUUAGGUCUAAAAACGCACACCUCGAGGCACCCGUCUGCCGUGGAUCGCUGGCCAGC